AUGUCCAAGGUCAAGUUACCAAAACUCAAGGAUCAAUACAAGGGUCUAUAUCCGAACCGAGACGAUUAUCCUAGUGGUAAAGAAGGAGACAGGUUAUGUACGGCUGCCCGCAAUAAGUGGACUCUUGCAAGUAUUCGCCAUGAUGAAGAACUGGAGCGACUAAAAGCGGAGGCAGAAGCGGUAAAGGCAGAGGCGAAGUCAAAGGGUCGAAAGGUUGAGGAGAAGAAAACGAAGAAGGAUGGUUCAAGUUCAAGCGGAGAUUCAAGAUCAGGCGGAAGUUCAAGUGGAAGUUCAGGGAGAAAGUAG